AUGCCCGGAUACCCUAAUCAUGUUUUGGGGAUGUUGGGAAGCAUCACUGGCCCUGUCAAGCUUACUGCAGCCGCCACCAAACCUGCCUUUGAUAUCGAGGACGACGAUGAAGAAAAAGGCGAAGAGAAAGGUGAGGUAACCAGCCGAAGGUUGACUACUUUUGAAGUUACGAAAAAGAGAAAGUCCGAUAAGCUUGGCUUUACAGUGAACACUUCGAGAUUCAAGAAUCCCGAUGGUUCCAAUCAACUAAUUGUUACAAGAGUUCAGCGAGGUGGCAGCUUUCCCGAUCUCAAAAGCGGGUCCAUCCUCCUUUCCGUCAAUGGAAAACCCGCUACUGACUACAAGAAAACUGUGAAGCAAUUAAGGUCAUCGAGAUCUCUGAAUAUAGCUGUGGAGGAACCCUUGCGUCCAAGCCUCUUGGGACAGGAUCAACGGUCCAUCAUAUGUGGCAAACGGCAUAUCAAAAUCGAGACACCUCCCAAAGGCAUCAUUAUCAUUUGGUUUUUGAUUGCAGUGGAAUUGCUCUUUGAUCUUGUAACAACUUCCUUUGCAUUCAAGGCUUUUUUUGAAGAAUCGAGAACCUGCUGUGAAGAAAAAAUCGACAGUGGUGCAAUUCCACUAGCUACUGCACUCCCAUUUGCCUUUUUGGUUGUUGCCGAAUUGGGCUUUUUGCUGCGGGCAAUGAGACUCACUAUGUGGCCUCCUACCGUUUCAGAAGAAGAACUGGAUCCAAAUCGAUCAUGCAUUUCCAAGCUGUUUUUGGCAGUAACCCUGGUAUUGUGA